GGUAGUAUUCUGUGCAAAACCUCAUCCCAACCAAGACUCCAAACCAACCACUUUUUAUCCUUGCUGAUUGCAUUUGCAACCAGUUGGGAGACGAUGGACCAUGUGCUUGUUUAGUCGCCCAUCUGCGUGGCAGAGGACCCUCUUCUCGCUUGGAUCCUACAUCCCCAUCAACAGAGCUUUUUCCUACCCCUAUGCUCAUUGUUUAUUGCUUUGCUUGGCCGUGCUCAUGACUGCGACAUUUUCUCUUCCGACGGACCCAAGCAACCUUCCAGACUGGUGUGGAACCAUUCCCGAGCCUCCGGCGUCUUUGUCAAGAGCAUCAACGCCGUUAUCACCGUUACAUGCAAACACCAGACGAAUCCUCCAACCACCCAAUACCACGGGCAACAUUGAAUCACCGCUGGACACCUCCCGAUCCGGCCAGGCCCGGCGAAACGCUGCCGUGAAAAUCAUCCAGGAGAAGUUCGGCGAAGCAAAGGUCGGAGUUCUCGACCCUCAACAGGUCCUCCGCGACUAUGACGCUAUCAGUAGUGCCAACAAGCCGGACUCCGUCGCCGCCGCUGCCGGCUUCGAGGAUCGCUACAACUGCGUGACCGAGAAAUUCGAGCCCGGUUCCGUGGCAUCUAUCCUCGUGGGCCUCUUUACCGAGAUUCCGCGCUGGAAGCCCGGUUCGACCAUCAAGUUCGCCGCGUACACGGGCGGAUACCCACAACCCGGGGACGCCCAGUUUGCGGCCCUCCGUCUCUGGGAGGCGGCGCAGCAGUGGAACAGCUACGACCUGGGGGUCAGUUUCGACUGGGUGGGCAACCUGGAGGACGCGGCUUUCGUGCUCGAGUACGGCGGCGACAAGGGCGCCGUCCUGGCGAGGGCUUUCUUUCCCAAUUCAAACCCUCUUAACACGCUGUCCGUGUACCGGCUGGCGCUACUGCCCACGCAACAGUACCGAGGGAUGCUCAAAAACAUCUUCCUGCACGAGCUGGGACACACGUUAGGCCUGCGCCACGAGUUCGCGUUAGAUCCGGAACGUUGGGAAGGCGGCGCGGUGGUGUAUGGAUCGAAAAACGACAAAUCGGUCAUGAGCUAUUUGUACCCUCCGCAGAUGCAGCCGAGCGAUAUCACGGAUACCAAGAACUUUUAUGCGCUUCGGACGCUGGUUGUUGGGAGGCUGACUCUCAAGGACUACAUGCCUGGAUGAUCAGGCCAGUGGAUGUAAGAUUGAAGAUGAGGACUUGAGGAUAUUGUGUACUUUAGUAUCUGGUAAAUCUGAAUUACGGGCGAGGCUUGCUGAUAUCCAUGUAAUGGCAAGGGGAGCACGCAAGGGGGAAGCACGUGGAGGCAGGCCGCAUAUGAAUUGGUAUAAGCCAUGGCGUGAAAGUCACCAGGAAAGGGCUUGUAAGAGGCAUGGCUCAAUCUCUGCACCACCAGGUGGUCUGCUCAUAACCUACCAAGUGUCCCUCGCUUUUCCGAAGCAGUCAUGUUGGUCGAAAC